UUUUUUUAGGUUAAGUUUCUAUAGUUUGCAGACAUGGAUUUUGUCGUGUCUUAUUAAACGUCAUCAAAGUUAUAACAAGUGUCUAAUUUCGUUUUUACGUGAAAAUGGCAUGGUUGUCAGGUCUUGCUGAUAAGGCAGAAAAUUUAUUAAAUAAAAUAGACAAAAACACUGCGGCAGUUUUGAAUAAAGACAAAUAUGAAUUACCGCAAUCUCAGUUGACACAUGUUACAUGGAUCCCUUCUGAUUCAUGUGCUAACACACAAGAUGGUUCAAUUUUAAAAUCUACAUACACAGAGCCGUCAAAAGAAUUCCCUUAUGUUUGUUCAGCACCAAAUCUUUCUUCAUUGACAACAAAUUCUGUUAUGUCUAGAGAUGAAGAGCUUCUUACUCUCUUAAAUACAUUAGAUUCAAGUCCAAAAAAGAAUAUAACAGAAGUUUCAAUGUCACCACCAACACCUUCAUCGCUCAUGGUUGAACAUCCAACAGAUACUACAGAUUCUGCAUCAGACUUAUCAAUUCACAGUGGUCGCUCUAGUCCCAGUUUCAUGCAUACAUCUGUAGAAGUGCCAGAUAAUCUCAAUCUUGAUGACGUUAAUGUGAACAAUGUUAAUUUCUCUAAGAAUGAAACAAAUGCAUUAAACAAUGAAAUAAUGGAAAACCAAAAUUCUGGUGUUGUUUUGAAUAAUGAUCAUAAUGUUAUGAUGGAAAAGUCUAAUAUUAUACAACAAGGAUAUGAGUAUGAUGUGAAACAAGAAAAUAUGGAAAUAAAUAAAUUGAUGAAUUCAUCUCAUAAUAAAUAUAUAAAGAAGUAUUUGAAAGAAGUAGAAAGAAACUUAGAAGAAAGGAAUGAGCUACUUGGGAAACAAAAGACAGACCAUCAAAAAGAAAUUAUAGUUUUGAAUGAAAAAUUACAGUCUUUAUAUGCAGAAAAAGUACAAUUAUCUAAGCAAAUAAUAGAAUUACAAGCAGCUUUAGAAAGAAGUAGAUCAGAAUUAAAUUCUACUAGAUCUGAUUUAGAACAACAUAAAGCUAGAGCUUUAAAAACACUGCAAGAAAAAGAAAAAUUAAUAGCAGAAUUAAGAUGUAAUGAAUCUACAGGAAUGGAUGAUAUAACAAUUAUGGAAUUAAACCAACUAAGACAAGAACGUGAUAUACUUAGAGAAGAAAAUCAACAGUGUUCUGAACAAUUAAGAAUAGUACGUGAAGAAUUAAUAAAUGCAGAUGUAAAACUGGAAAAAAUGAGACAAAAGUCUGCUGAAGCAAAUAUACAAGCUCAAGAAAUUCUUGCCACAGAAAGACGUAGAAGAUUAGAUGCAGAAGAAGAUGCAAGAUUACAUUCAGAUGAAAUAAGAUCAUUAAAAGAUGAAUUAAUUCGUCAACGUAACAAUUAUACUAUGCAAUUACAAAAAAAUGAUUCUGAAAUCGCUCGACUCAGAAUGCAAUUAUCCGCAGCUUCAACGCCAAGUAGCGAGGUAGAAUCGAGAUUGGCAUCUCUCACACAAACAUUGGUUUCAAAACAGCAAGCAUUAGAAACUUUAACUACUGAAAGAAAUGCUUUAAGAUUACAAUUGGAAAAAAUAGAACAUGAAUUUAGAAACAAUCGACGUAAUGUUUCUUAUAAUAGUAUAAAUGAUACAGAUGAUGCUAAAGCUCAAGUACCCACAUUUUUGAUAGAAACUCCAUUUGAUACUGGAGUUACUAGAAGAGUAAAAAGAGCUUAUUCUUCAUUAGAUGCUAUUAGUAUUCGAACAGGAGUAUUUUUAAGAAGGUAUCCUCUUGCAAGAAUUUUAGUAUUAAUUUAUAUGACAUUACUUCAGUUUUUGGUUCUUAUAGUUCUUCUAUCGCAAUCACCAGAAGCACAUUAAUGUUUGGUAUGUACAAUACAUGUAAUAGAACAUUUUUGUAAAUAUUACGUUGGAAUGGUGCAUAUAUAAUAAUAUUAAUUACUAAUUAACUUGGCAACUUUUUAUAUACUAUUACAUACUGUAUUAUAUAAUAUAUGAAAAUUUUAUUUCUAGAGAGAUACACGAAUUAAUUU